AUACUCCCAAUUUUUUUCAAUCUACCAAAUCAAAUUCAGCUACCGACGUUACCAAUCAGUGCUUAGAUUUUUUCUUCACUCAGAUCUUCUUCAGCAAAAGCCCACUUCUCUCUCACACACUUUCACACACUCCAGAGUGAGAGAUAAAAAUACAAAAACAAAAAAAUGGCGGACGAUGAUGCGAAGAAGCCCCACGGAGCCUUGGUCGUCGAUGAUGUCAGCGACGGUGAAGAAGAGACGCAUGAUGAGUUGACGCUUUUCACCAUUUUCAACCGUUUGAUCGCCGCCGUUUUCUCGCCGGACUCCGAUUCGCCGGCUCCUCUUGCGCAGAGGAUUAAAUCGUCGCUCGCCGUCAAUAUUCCUCUGCUUCGCGAGGCGUCGGUGAACACCGGUCAACGUAUUCUCGACUGGACCCGCCGCGGCGGCACUUUUCGCGCCUUGUUCGUUGUUUCCGCGGGGACUAUCGCUCUACUCUCGUUGACAGGAUUGCUAGUGUUUAUGCUUUUCUUUGUAGCGGCAACAUUCAAUGCCGUAGUCAUUUCUCUUCUCGUUUCUUUAGCAGCGGCUGGUGGAUUCUUGGCUCUAUUCUUUACAUGUGUUGCAGCUAUUUAUAUUGGGGCUUUAUCUGUAGCUGUAUUUGCCAUUUCCACUGCUACAAUUUCAGCAGUUAUUGCUGUUCUUAUAGCUACAGGUUGGAUUGGAUUCUUUUGGACCUUAUGGGUGGCGGCAAACAAAAGCGUAGGGCUCGCAAAGCAUUCGUUUUCCAUAACAGGAUCAGCCGUUUCAGCUUACUCUAAUGCUUGGCAUUCCCGUCAACAAGAUUCAUCCGAGAAAUCGAAUUGAAGAGCUGUUGCUUAUAUAUAGUGUAUGGAUACAUAUAUACCAUGUGUGUAUCUAUCUAUCUACCUUCCCUAAGACCGUUCUGAAUCAUAUACGGAUAACGAUGCUGCUGUAAUUGCUGGAUUAAUUCAUCUUUUAAGACCACCAUGUAUGCGUUUCGUGGUCUCGUAUAUUUAGUUUUGCGGUGUGUGCGGGUUUUGUACUUACAUAAUAUUAGCAUUUUGGGGAUGUUUUUGAAGGCAAUGAAAUGGAGAAGGAGCUUCUGUACUUCUUUGUUGGUGCUAAUUGUUUUUCGUAAUUUAUUAUUUCUUUAUUUUAUUAGUAUUA